CGAGGAUGGAAGAUGUUUUCACGGAUCUGCGUUCAGUCAAACGGACGUUACAGACUGACAAGCAGUAUUGUCUCAGCGAAUCAACUCCAUGUCCGAAAGGUCUCAUCGGUAUCCCGAGGCGGUCUACACCAACGAACCUCGUGUAUCAAGCACCAGGCCUGGGCCUCAGUACCAGCCAAUCGAGGAUGUCGAAGACUUGGAAAGAUACUUUUUUGGGGGAUAUCAUCCUCUCCAACUCGGGGAUCAGCUGAGUGAUAGCCGUUAUGCAUUGAUCGACAAGCUUGGAUCCGGGGGAUACUCGACUAUAUGGCUAGCCCGGGAUCUACGAAGCGCCAAGUAUGUGGCAGUCAAGGUUAUUGCUGCUGAUGCCAGUAGUAGCGCUCGUGAGGCUACUCUGAUACGUUAUCUGGGCAGCUCACCAGCUGGACCGGGGAGGGAGAUUGUCCCACCACUGAUGGACGAAUUCUGUGUCUCGGGCCCCAACGGCGAGCACAGGUGUAUAGUGACCUUCCCCCCCUUCCCGAGGAUGAGUUUAUUUGAUGCCAAAGAGGCCUCGAAAUUUGGCAUCUUUCAGCCGAAAGUCGCACAAUCAAUUAUUGCGCAGCUCAUCCGUGGCGUCUCAGUCUUUCACACCCAGUCCAUUGUCCAUGGCGACCUUCAUCUUGGCAACGUACUCGUCAAGUCCCCAAAACCGAUUGACAAUCUUUCCACAUCAGAGCUGUACGAAAGAUUUGGAGACCCAGAGUCCGAGGCCGUUGUCCGCAUCGAUGGUAAGUCGCUGUCGAGCGGCGUACCCAGCCAGCUUGUUCUUUACGAGGAGAGAAUCGUUCUGAGUGACUUUGACGAAUCUUUGAAGCCACGCGAAGAGCCCCGGUAUUCCUCGAAAACACUUCCUCUCCUUCAGCCACCGGAAGCCUGGUUUUCGGACGAACCGCUCUCGUUUGCCUCGGAUGUCUGGACCCUUGGGUGCACCAUCUGGGAGAUCUUUGGUCAACGGCCCUUGUUUGAGACUUUCUUCCCGAUGCACGACCGCGUCACGAUGGAGCAAACAACGAGGAGGGCGAUUUAAGUGUGUCUAGGGACCAUGAUGGGAAUCUCAGAAACUGGAAACAACGGUUCAGCUCUUCUAUCCAGAAGCCUCGAGCCGAAGCGGGCUUCGAGGUUGUGACGGAUGAAGAGAAGAAGGCGUUUGAGGCAAUGCUGCGGUCGAGGUUGCGCUUCCGGCCGGGGGAGAGAGCCACAGCGCAACAAGUGCUGCAGUCGGAGUGGAUGAAGGGUUGGGGGAUACCAGCUCUGGAGCAGAGCUGGGGCGUUUCGAUAUCUGCAGGAGAGGAGAGACAAGAGACAAGAUGAGGAGGUGUCCAACGCAUCUCAGGAGGAGGAAAGAAGUCGGAUCGGUUGUAAGUUGUAUAGCUG